CCGUGGCGCAGCGCUCCCGCCCCGCUGCCGCAGAGGGUGCGGGGGGCUGCCCCGCUGCCUCCCGCCCCCCGGGGCGGGCAGAGCCCCCCGCGGCCCCGCGCUGGCGGCGCCCCCGCGGCGGGCUGGCGGCGGGGGAGGGCCGGGGGAGGCGCAUGGCGGGGCGGCAGCGGUAUAUGCCGCUCCGCGCCGGGGCCGCGCUCAGACCGGCCGCCGCUCCCCAGCCGCCCGGAGCCGCCCUCCGCCAGGAGUUGCAGUUCGUCUCCGAUCCCCUUGGGAUUUAAACCGUCUUGCAUAUCUAUCUAUCUAUUUUUUUUAAUUUUUUUUUUUUUUUAUUCCUUCCUCCUCCUCUUUUUCUCCCGUGCAAAGUGGAGAAGGAGCUGCACCAAGGCAGCCCGCGAGAUCUUGCAAUAUCGCUCCGAUUCCUCACCACUGCUAUUAUUCCUAAUUAAUUAUUAUUAUUAUUAUUAUUAUUUUUAACCUCACCCCAGCCGGGGAGGGAAGCGGGACCGUUCUCAGCAAGAGAAACAUUUCGAUCCGUACCAAUAAAGAUUUUUUUUUUAAUUUUUAUUUUUAAUUUCCUCCCCCUCCCCCCCCCCCGUUUUUGAGGCAGGGGGAGAGCGUGGCGAGAGCGCGGGGUGCGGGGGGGGAGCGGCCGGCGCACCCGCGGAGCCGGCGCGGAGCGGGAGGCCGCGGCGGCGGGGGGAGGCGGGCCCCGGGCCCCAGCGCCGCCCGCCCGAGGGGGGCCAGCCGCCCAGACAGGUGAUGGGCGUUUCGGCUGCGCUCCGGAUCGACUCCUUGGGUUUCACUUUGGUCUGAUCUAAGCAAAUAUGCAGAAGUACCGGCUGGUCUAGUCCCGGGAGCCAAGAGGAGCGGGGGAGCGGAGCGCAGCGCGGCCGCGCUCCCGCAGCCGGGGGGAUCCUACCGAGCGCGGAGCCGGCCCCGCCGCCCCGAGGCAGCCCCGGCCCGCCCUGGAUGCGGCGGAGCCCCGCGCCGCCCCGCCGCCGUGCCCCCGAGGGAUGGUCCUGAAUUUCUGCGCGGCAGGAGCCGGCCUGCAGCUCCGCUCCAUCGCCUCCCCGCCGCCCCCCAAGUGCACCAGACCGCGAUGAGGACCUGGGCUUGCGUCCUGCUGAUAGGGUUUGGCUACCUGUCCUUCACCGGCUCCGAGGAGGCCGAGAUCCCGCAGGAGCUGAUCGAGCGGCUGGCGCACAGCGAGAUCCACAGCAUCCGCGACUUGCAGCGCCUCCUGGAGAUUGACUCCGUAGGAUAUGAGGAUGUUUCAGAGACAAACUUGAGGUCUUAUAGCGUUCAUUCUGCUAAACAUGUGCAAGAGAAUCGUCCUGUGCCCAUUCGCAGAAAAAGAAGCAUUGAGGAAGCCAUCCCGGCUGUCUGCAAAACACGGACGGUUAUAUAUGAGAUACCUCGGAGUCAGAUCGAUCCCACCUCUGCCAACUUCCUGAUAUGGCCGCCCUGCGUGGAGGUGAAGCGCUGCACGGGCUGUUGCAACACCAGCAGCGUGAAGUGCCAGCCCUCGCGGAUACAUCACAGAAGCGUCAAGGUGGCAAAAGUGGAAUAUGUUAGAAAAAAGCCAAAAUUAAAAGAAGUUCUGGUGAGAUUAGAAGAGCAUAUGGAAUGCACCUGUACAUCAUCAAAUACUAAUUCAGAUUAUAGAGAAGAAGAAACUGGCGAGCCCGAGGCAUGGAGAAAUGACUGUGCAAGGUCACACAGCAAGGCUAUGGCAGGACCAGGGAUAGGACUCAGAUCUGAGUGCUCAUCCAGUGCCCUAAAUCCCACGACCAUCUUCCCUUUCCAAGAAUGAAUCCUUGCACCCUUAGAGCUAAAUACUGAAAAGAUUGAGGGUAAGUCAUUUUGCCUAAUUAUUGUGCAUUGGAUACUUGAUCAAAACCACUGCCGUAUCGUCAGAGAAUGUAGUGACUGAUGAAAAUCCAGCUUUCUGGCCAUGCAGUUGUGCAGCCUUUUAUGCUGUCAUGAGCUAGUCAUUUCCCGCAUCUCUGAGGAGUCAACCUUUCGUGACUUACAGUGACAGUUAUGCACAUAGAACAAGUCAAGACUCAGAUUUUAUGGGAAUUUACAAAAAUUCAGUGGACAAUUUUCAUUGUACUUCCCUUCAGUUCAGCGUCUCUCACUCCUUUUAUGGUGUGGGUAACAUUUCCUAAGGGAACUGUUUUUAUCGUGGGCCCAAUCCUGAAUUUUUUUCCCAGGCCCUAACGUGGAAAAGCACUUUAAGCGGUGCCUGUGUUUGCCCUUCCUCAAACCGGUGCCUGAGCGUGCUUGUAACUUCAGACAAACAUCCCAUUGACCUCGGGCAAAUGGAGCAGAGUCGAUGCUGUAUUCCUGUUUUUGAGUAGGGUGUGCCUUCCCGACCCGGGGAUUCCAGUUGUGGGAUGGGGGUCUUCGUGCUCCUAGAGAGUUGAACUAUGUUUUAAGCAACUCCAAAGAUGAAGUAACAAGACCAGAAUAUACAACUAGAAAACCAGCUGGGAGAAUUGCACUCGCUUCUGCUCCUAUGAAGGUUGCCAUUUUGAAAUACAUAUUUGUUCUUUUUCGGGAAAGUACUUUUCCUGGUGUGGGUGGAUUCGGGACUGCAAUUACUGAUGCCAGUGAUCCCAUUUAAAAUUAUCUUUUUAUGUACCUCAGAGAAUAUAAUUUGAGAACUCACAGUCAUAUCCAUAACAGACAAAUUUGAGAUGAGAAAAAAUAAUGAGCGUGAAUUUCACGUGAAAAAUGGCAGUUUUUAGUUUAGGAAAAAAAAAAGGAGUUAGAAAACAAAAUGAACAAGACCAAAAGGUUGUCUGUUCAUUUUUCAGUUGUGGAAUGUUACCUGUCCCUUUAGUCAUUCGAAUUAUUUGCUGCAUCAGACUAAAUUAUGUGCUGAAGUCGCUCACUACAACACGUAAAAAGUUAUGGCUGGUUCUCGUUGAGCUGCUCCCUAUUAUCACGGCAUAUGACUGCGAGGUGGGGCCUGCAAUCACAGUUGUAAAUCAAAGACCAAGUCAUAGGUUAGGUACUGUUUUCCUUAGAUACUGUCUCUAAGUUUGUUUUCUGUGUGCUGGUCUCUUGCGUGACGUUUGGUGAGCUUUUCAGUUAGGUGUAAAGUCAAGAAUGAUAGUUCCCAACCUGAAACUAAGGAAGUGCUUACUCCUAACCUUGUUCCUAAUCAAUAGAUUAAAUUCUGGCAACAGCCUGGUGGUAGAAUUUCUGUCACUGAAGGUUUCAGUGUCGUAUUCUUCCAGUGUUCUUCUUCCCCUACAGGGGAAUUCAAUCAUUAUUACAUUCGACUCAUUAGCGGGCCAUCAAAUCUGACUUGGUUCGAGUUUCUAACAUCUAAAAAUUUCUGUUUGGUCUGAUAUUUGUGUAUGCCAAAUGUCUUCCAGGAUCUUAGAUAAAAAUACACAAAGAAAGGCUGAUUUGGGUACUUCAGCAGAAAAGAAAUGCACAUAAUGAAGGCUGGAGUAGUCCCUCAAGCAGGGAAAUACAGAGCCAAGCCUGUAACGAGUGUUGCACGCUCAUCUUCCCAAGAUCAGACCUGGUAUUUUGGCCUCUACGUGCUAUCUUUGAUCUUGCAUAAUGAAGGCAACUGGUUUUACUGUCCAUCUUUGAAAUUGAGAGUAGCUGUUAAGAUCAGAUAUGCAAAAACCAGGAGCACCCAGAGAUGCAGUGGGCCCAUAGCGCUUGAAAUCCCCCAGGGAUUUUGAAAACGUCUUGAUUCUUGAAAGCAAUCACAAAGAAGUAGAAGAAAAGCAUUUUAAACACUUCUGAAAAUCCCACCCCAGUUAAUUUGGCAGGUGAAAAAAGAAUCCAGGAAAUACACUACACCUAAUGAUCAUUCAGUAAGAAAGUAGGUGUUCAUGGAAAAUGCUCAUGCUUAAAUCUUUCAGCAGUUAAUGAUCAUCUUUAUAGACCAUAAUACUUGAAUACGUCACUUAUCGAUACAUCAGGGCUUGGAUGAACUUUGAGUCGUAUGAAAAUGGGACACUCCUCAUGCCAAUGGGAGCUCUUUGUUCUAGUAACUCAUCAACCAAUUACAUAAUUGGCCAGGUCACUGGCUUGCAUAAAUAGGUACAACUCCAGUGACUUCGCUGGAGAUGACAGUUACCUGAGAACUGACCCGAAAGUCUUGCCACGAAGUAGAUAAUGGGUUCAUAUUUUGCUGUUUAGUGGUUUUGUAAAAAUAGACUAAUUUCCUGGAGCAGUUAAAACAAGAAAACCUGGAAAAGCAAUUUCCCACAGAGACUCAUCCACACUGGAAUUUGCCGAGGUCCCCGGACAUGAACAUGUGCUGUUCGAAAACAUAAACCAGCAACUUUGUUUAGGGAAGCCUCUGACCUGUCAAAAAUGUAAAGCAUUUGUUACCAGACUUUUCCUUGGCAAUUAGCGGGUAGAAUUACUCAUAGAAAUUGUUUUGUUUGCUCACAAGGGGAGAAGCAAGACAUAAAUUCAAGAUAUCCCCAGUUUGACCACAAGAAAGAAGACUGUUGAGAGGGGGCCUGUGGGUGAAGUGCUGAGCGGCCUCAGCUCCCUUUGGGGAUGAACUCAACUUGUAGACCUCAGUGAAGUAUCAAGAGCCCUCCAGAAUUGCUGGACAUCCCCUGGCUGGGAUUUUUUCCAGCAGUCUAAGGGGUUUGAGCAUCCAAUUUGAACUCAUUUGUACAAGACUUUCAAUAAACCACAGUUGGCUUCAAACCCCCUCUCUCUGUGUCCUACAGAGAGACUAAUUUUGACUCCAGGCUCUUGCCGUGAGCGUCGCCGUCCUUUCCAAGGUAGCCUUGCUCAAGCCCCAGGUUAGGUGUCUGCUGUUCAGUGCAGGUGUUUCCUAGCAGUGACUUUCCAAGCGCCUGUUGCCUGCCCCAUUCACUGCUGGGACAGCCUGACAUUUCAGCUGGGGAGUCCUCCUUACUCCAGCCAUGCUUCACAUUCAGGGUGCAGCACUUCAGGGGAACCAGGAGAUGCCUCCUUGUGCUCCAACAGUCCUGCCUGAAGACACAUCCUCCCUGGCUGCCACCGAGCACUGCAGUUUCUCCCUUUCCCCCUUGCCUUGAGGGCUGAUGGCUCCCCAAUGCCUAUCUGUCCUUCGUGCAGGGGCGGGUCUCGUGGUGCAAGAUGUGGUUGAGGAGACCUGGUGUCUACUUGGCAGCAAGAUUCCCGUGCAGACUGGGCUCUGUGCUCAUACACUUGGGAGUGAAGACCCUUCUUGGUGCAAACUCACCCACAGUCAAAUAAGCUGCUCAGAGGUCUCCUUGGAGCCAGGAAGCUACUCAAAGACGUCAUCAGGAUCUGUAUUCUCCCUUGGCUGCAAUGGGUUUCCACAGCAAAAGUGACAGAAGCAGUUUAUCACAGACAGAUAGAGUGGUUUCUUUAACAGGCCAUGUAUGAGUCCUGCAGGUUAAUGCUCAGCUUGCAUACUUUACUGAUUGCCACAAAUCCUGCUUUUAAAUCAGAUUGUCACUACUUGUUCAGGGAUGUCUCAUUCCCUUACGUGCACUUCAGAAGACCUUGCCUGGCACCUUGUAUCCAUUUGUUGGGAAGAGCCUGCGGGCCGGUCCAAGAUGGUUAGGCUGUGUCUGCAGAUCUGAUGGGGGUUUGGGGACCUUGCAGCCGGGGUUAGCGAGCGCGGAUGUUUCCUGUUAGCUCCCUGCAUUCCCCUAAGUUGUGAUUCAGCAGGAGAGUCAGUGGAAAGUUGAACUUGAGGCAUGUGAGAUGUUUCUUUGAAGUUACUCGUGCUUGAAGUUAGGCGUGAUCUGAGUUGGCUGGCUCAGCUGAAGCCCUGAAGAACCUACUGUGCUAGCAGAGCGCAAGCUUAGUCUCUUCCUUUUAUGCGUUGCCUGGAGUGAUGGUAGUUUCAGAAGCCGUCUGCAGCCUUGCAGUAAACUCUUCCAUAGUACUGAGGGAAAUCUUUAACUAUUCAGUGGCUUUCUGUCACCAAGCUCAGCUCGGCUGGAAAGCCCAUGGCAGUGCCUGCCCUCUCUGGGCCUCUGAGGGCUCUUCCUUCCUUAUUUUCUUUAGCAGGUUUCUUUUCUAAGGCAAGUGAAAAAAAAAAAUCUCAAAAUAGUACCUUAAAAAGGUGGGAAAUCAAGCAGAUCAUAUAAUCUUGAUUCCUUUAUCUCGCUUAAUUAAGGAGAGGUUUGCCAAUAGUGAUCUGGUAUUUCCUAAAACAAGCAUACGUGAAGAACACUUUGAGCAACUUCAAAAGAAUUUUCAGGCUAGAUCAGGAAAAGAUAAAACCAGAAGUGGAAACUUCUAAUACACUUUAUAGCUCAUUACUUACAGGAAGUACAUUGUUGCAUAGGAUACUAAUGAAUUCUGCAGGAUGAGGUUUCCAAAUGGAAAAAAAAAUGGCACCUUCUGUAUGUUGGAGGAAAGGUCUCAGGGUUCUUUCAGUUAUGGUAGUUGCGCAGUUGAUGGGCACAGUCCUAUCAGCUGGAAAGUUUCUGUUUCUGGGAAGAGGCUUUUUAAAGUUUCAGGUGUGCACGCCGGCGAGUUUCUGUAGCAACUUCCUGGUCCAGCUGCAGAAAGUGAUAAAGGGAAUGGUAAAGGUCUAUCUGGUUUUCAGCUGCCCUGUUCUGCACCCUGGGAGGCAGAAGCCCCGCAUUGCCUGUGCCUGGCUGCAGGCAGGACGGCAGGAGAACGUUUGAAUGACUAAGGAUGGACGCGGUAACAUUGGUGCUGAUGUUCUCAAGCGGGCAGCGAGGCCAGCCAAGUGAGCAGAGCAGAAUGCUCAGAUACUCAGGAUGCUCAUAUUUACCAGUGACACUUGUCUGGAAAAUUCAUAUUUGGCAGACUCACUCUUAAUUAACUCAAUUUAAGAAGUAAUCCUAAAAUCCUGGGCUUGUACCAAGGCCUGAAUCCCAAGCUACUGGAUUUACUGUGGGUGAGUUGGUGCUCUCAGAAGUGCUGUGAAACAGGAGUAUUUCAUAUUCCUAAAGCCUCCAGAGAUCCUACAGAUGACAAUUAAGGGCUUUGUAGUGUUUCAAGAGUUCCCUGGUGUAAGCGGGCCCCUCGACGGUGACCAGAGAGUGGAGGGGCUGUGUCCGGACAUGCUGUCCCCAGGGUAGGACCAGCCGGUGUUGGCUGCACCGGUGUCACAUGCAGGGUUUUGCAGACACGCAGGUCACCCUGCUGUCCUCCACCAUGGGGACACGUCCCCCGCCAGCCCUUGUAUUUCACUCCGACUGGAAGGAUAGCUUUGCUCUAUGUAUGAACAUAUUUUAGGCAGGACUGAAGCACACGGGCGGUGAAGCUUGGGCAUUUUUUUCUUCAAUACCAGCAGGCUUUUUAACUAUUGGGUUAGUUGUUCUUUGUAGCUUCAGGCACCUAGAUACUGCUGAACUUGUCACUGGAGGGCUGUCUUACUGAAAAUCAAGAGGUGCUUGCCCUUGUGAAAGUUUCUGCUUGUGCUUGGAAGUGAGAUUUGGGCUCCUAAAUCACAAAGAUGCUUUUGCAAAUGUUGUAUCUGUCUUUCUGCUUCUCUGUAAAUCAACCUGCUUGGCCUGAGCUGAAUGUUUCAAUAAUAAACAGCUGAAGGACA